UGCGAGCAGGGCGCUCCUCCGCGGGGGCAUGGGGUCCGCGCUGCUCGCUCUGGGGCUGCUGGCCCUGCUGCUGGGGCCGGCGCCGGCGCAAGAAGUCCUGAGCCGGGAGGUGUUCUGUGGAGCUUGCAGGGCCCUGAUGGAUGAGGUGGAGUAUGAUGUCACCAAGGCUCGGCAGAAAAAGACCAAGGUGGGCUCCUACCGAAUAAAUCCUGACGGGACGCAGGAGAGGAGAAAGAUUCCCUUAGCCCAGUCUGAGGCAUUCUUAACAGACCUUUUGGAUAAAGUAUGUGAGCGAAUGAACGACUACAAAUUUGAAGAAGACCCUGUAACUAAGGAGAGAAGUUUCAAGAGAUUUGCUCCAAGGAAAGGGGACAAAAUAUACAAAGAAUUUAAAAAGUUCUAUUUUUAUUCUGAUGCUUACAAACCCUUGAAAUUCGCGUGUGAAACUAUAAUAGAAGAGUAUGAAGAUGAAAUAUUCUCACUUAUCGCCCAGGAGGCAGACUAUCUAGCUGACAAGCUGUGCAGUGAAAAAUCAGAUCUGUGUGACGCUUCUUCUACUAAUCACACUGAACUCUAGGAAUGACUGCUAUUAGUUGUAGAAGGAGUAAAGUCACAUCCCCAAAAGGUCAAUGUCUGCAUUUUAUGCUUUCCUGUUGUCUUUCUUGAUAAGAAAAUUUGUGUUUCUUGAAUGUACCACGUUUGUUUUAUGUAAUUUUUUAAUUCAAAAUCUGUCAUUUGGCAUCAUAGCAAAAUGAUUCUGCAGGUGACACUGAGGAGUCCUUAAAACUUUUAAAUCAUCUUUGUGAAUUUUGAUUAAAACAGGCUUGGCAAUAAAGCCAACUAGUAAGUUGGUGGUAAGAAAACAAAGUAAAGACAUUUUAUAAAUGAGAUAGGGAUUUAAUAAUGUAUAAUAUAUAUUUUAAAGCAAAUAUAUACACACAAAAACAAGUGUAAAGUGUUCUAUAAGAACCUGAUCUGAUUUCUUAAAUACCUGAUUGGCCAUGAGAUUAAGGAAAUAAAUUGCAACUAGUUCCAAAUUAGAUCUUUGGAGUUAUAUAUGGCUAUCGGUGAAAGAAAUGAACCCACCUUUUAUCAGGGAUGAAAUUUAAAAUUUAAGUUUAAAAAUGUCUUAAUCUCUAAAAUUUAGUUGAAGCAGUAAAAAAUAAUGAAUACCUUUUUAUAGAAUAAUAAUUAUA